AUGUCGACCGAGGAGGGUGCCAACCAGGCGUCUGCCGCGCCCAAACCAGCGGCGGCCUUUAGUUUCUCUAUUAAUAAGAAUACAACGAGCAAGAAGUUUGCACCCAAGGCAGCACGACGAAGACCAGGCGCUCCGCCUGCUGCACCUGCUGCACCUGCUGCAUCAUCGCCUGCACCGGCAUCAGAGAUACCCGCAUCGACUGCCGAAGUGCCCAACCCGCAAGCCGAACCCGAAGCCGAGACCUCGAAUGCGCCUGCCGCCGACUCGACACCUGCCGUACAGCUGCCCACGCCUGCCGCGACUCAAGAGACCGUAAAUAGCACUGCUCAAGCCGACCUGUCGAUUAUUACUGCCACUGCUACUGCGACCGGGACCCCUGCACCCACCGACCCGAAUGUUCAGACGCAGGCAGCCAAUGAAGCCAGUGCCGCCCAGCCUUCUACCUCACAAGGCCUCACAACACAGUACCUCGAAGAUGAAGUCCAAGCAGGGAGGUCACCUAAGAGGCGCCGCCUAGAGUCCCCCGUACAGCCAAGCCAAGAGGUCCAAGUUACUGCACCUGUGAGUGCGCCGGCAACAGCAGAUGGAGACGGCGAGCAACCACCUGGCGCGAACACUGCCCCGACUCCUGCAGAAAACCAGACUCUCCCACAGCCCAGAAACAGAAGGAAACUGCCGUGGAUAUCGGUGAACCACUCCCAAGAUGGCGGCGCGGAAACCCCUGCCGGUGCGUCUACCCGGAAGCCUCGCCAACCUCCCAGGCCCCGAGCGAAGAAGAAUGCCAUGGCGGACGCAGACGCAGAUGCAGAUCAUGUGGAGGAAGAGGAAGAAGCUGAAGACGACGAAGAGCUACAACCCACGAGAAAACGACCUGGCAUAAAGUCCCGCACAAAGAAGAAAGCCACCGAAGCACCCACACAGGACGGCGAAGAAGUCCCCGCGGCCCCAAAAAGAGCCAAGAAGCCCCGGAAACCUAAAGGCGCCCUGAGUAGCGAGAUCGUCGAAGGAACAGAGGAAGAGGUCGGACGCAUCGCAGACGAUAUCGUAGCAGCCGCCACACGUCGCAAACCGAAGCCAAGGAAAAGGAGGCAGCCCACUCCCGAGGCCGAUGAAGUAGAUGGUGUUGAAGGCGAAGAGGGCACACAAAGGGAGAAGAAGAGAAGGGGACGACCGCCGCGCGAGGCCACCCCGUCUGAUGCGGAAGAUCAGACCAUCGACCCCGAUGUCACCUACAUGGACUCUCUGGCAGCUCGCCACGUCCAUUGGGGAAAACUCUCUACGAGAGAGAGAGAGAUGCGCACGAUAGACUGGGAAGCAGUCAAGCAGCGCCGCAGAGAGGAGGACUCCCGAGAAAUAGCUUCCAGGGCCGAGCAGGAAAAAGCGGACAGAGAAUUGGCUGAGCAAGGGGCACAACGGGCUGCGCAAUCCGAGUUCGAAAACGUCCGUCUGAACGCAGAGGGUAAUUUGGAGAUAAUACCUCAAGCUGGAAUCAUUGAUCUUGAGGGCGACGCCGCUCGCGAGAUCGAUCAGAUGGUCGUUACCGAAGACCAGGACAUUACUGCACGCCUUACCAAUCGUAGCUUCAUGAAAAACAACAAGCGGUUCCCCAACGAGUUUAUCCUACCAGGCCAAGGUCGACGAUGGAAUAUGGAACUCACGGAGCUCUUCUACCAAGGCCUCAGAUCUUUUGGUACGGAUUUCCAGAUGAUAUCGCAAAUGUUCCCCGGUUUCACUCGGCGCUCCAUCAAAACCAAGUUCACCCGCGAAGAGCGUGAGAACCCCGACGGCGUCAAGGCAGCGCUGCAAGGCCGCUGCGAAAUGAACGCGGGAGGAUGGAACAUGUAUCUGGAGAAAGCGAACAGGUCCGAGGACUCGUUUGCCAAUGUGGAUGAGAUCAAGCGCGAAAUGGCCGAUCUUGAGGCUGAGUACGCGAAGAAGAUUGCGGUAGCAAAAGCAGAAGCUUUGGAGAGGAAACGUCAGAGGGAGCUUGCUGGCAUUGAUGAAGACGGAAACCCGCUGGGCCCUGAUGGUACGGCGAACAAGGAGAAUGGAAAGGGGAAGAAGAAGCGAGGCAAGAACAAGCAGGUCGCUUUCGAAGCAGAGCAGGGCGUGGAAAUUAUUGGGGAGAUUGGUGAUGAUGAUACUUGGGGUCAAGAGUAGCGAUGGUGUGAAUGACGAAACGAUUAAGAAGCAUGAUACCCCAUAGAUUCCACAGUCUCGAUACUGAGAUGGCAGAUGCGAAGCUGCUCUCAAAUACAGUCAUAUUCAGCCUGGUGUUGGAGUCCUAUACUUUUGAUUGCCCAAGAUGUGAAUUCUAAACUUACCUGAAAGAAAAACUGCAUAAGCAGCAGUAAUGUCAUUAUCGUGGUGCGGUCUGUGGGGCCGGCCCAAAUAGUCGACCGCACAACACACUCGCUUGGCCCAAAGCCCAAUUCCCCACACCCACGCAUUUGUACCAACAUUGUAAUACAACUAAUUUCUCUGUCUCUCAUCAAACAGCUUGAAUUCUCAAGCAAACAACCUAUCGGGCUCGUGGUUUAGUGGUAUAAUACUCCCUUAGCAUGGGAGUGGUCCGGGGGUAAGUCACAACUCGCACCUUCAAGAUAAGGUUACAGUCGUACUAACAAUCUGCUUAGUUCGAUUCCCCGCGAGUCCAUCGUGUUUCUUUUUUUUUUGCGGAUUAAAGGGCUGUAAUUUUUGGCUAUGGGAGGUUGAUGCAGAAAGAUGAGAUGGGUUGAGGGUAC